AUGUCGUCCAUCACCACUACUCCACUCUCCGCGCCUCCACGGCCGUCAUCAUCCCGGAGCGUCGCCCCCAGCAUCGCACCUAGCAUCGCGCCCAGCAUCAGUGGCAGCACCUUGUGCGACUAUCCCAUCACGACUGGCGGCAACAUUAGUGCUUUUGGAUCGAGAGAUGGGAAUUGGCCCGCGCUGCUACUAGGGGAUCUUCAAUUCACCGCCGCGGAAACGAACUUGGGUGUGGAUGCGUAUGCCUCGCACAACUCCGCCUCCGCCAACGCCGGCGCCACUUCUUCGUCCAACACGUCCACCCCGCGGGGUGAUCGUGACCGUGACCGUUACGGUGACCGUGACUACUUCGGGCCCUUAACCUCCACCAACACCAACACCUCGGGCACCAGCAGCAGCAAUUACUCCAACAACUCAUCCAGUAACUCCGGGUCAUCCUCCAACCCGGGCAUCUUCGUCACCACCCGCACCAGAAGCCACACCUCCUCCCGCUCCGCAUCCACCGGCCGCUCCAGCACCAGCACUAACAGCCCUUACAUUGUCGGCGGCAGUAGCUCCAGCUCCAGCUCCAACAACCAGGCCUCCUCCUCCGUCUACUCCCCGUCCACCGGCCACAACCAGAACUACAACAGCAACCCCCGGGGCCUCUCCCCCAACGGCAUCGGCAUCGGCCGCCACGGUCCCGGCACCGCCGCUCAGGCUCAAGGCACCAACACCACCACCUGCACCUCCUCCAACCGCAGCGGCGGCAGCCACAAGCGGCAACCAAGCAUGGCCACCCUCGAGCAGAUCCAGACUUCCAACGCGCACAUUGUGUCUUCCUUGCCCUCUGGGCUGGUGGCCGUGUUCGUGGGCGGUACGAGGGGUAUCGGUGAAGCGACGCUGAAGCAGUUUGCACGGUACGCGGUGGCGCCGAGGGUGUACAUUGUGGGGAGAGAUAGGAAGGAUGGAGAACGGGUGGGCGCGGAACUGGCGACUAUUAACCCGGAGGGGGAGUAUCAUUACAGAAGCGCGGAUGUGAACACCAAAGAAUCCCUCCACUACCCCUCCGCCGUACUCUUCUACGCCCGCAUCCGCUUCAUCGUCAACCUGCUCCCGGAACUCCAAAAAGCGUCCUCCCUCCGGCGCGUCGUCUCCGUCUUCAACGGCACCAAAGAAGGGUCCAUCGACACGGGCGACUUCCAAUGGCGCCGUCUCGCCAUGUACCCGGCACGUGCACACUCGUCCGCCAUGAUGACGCUCGCGCUGGAAUCCCUCGCCCUCGAAGCACCCGACAUUUCGUUCGUCCAUACCCACCCCGGCUUGGUAAGGACGAAGCUGGGGCAGGAUACCAACAAAACGGCCAUCACGGUGCUGAGGGGGGUGUUUAAAGUGAUUGGACCGCUGGUGACGAUCCCCGUGGCGGAGGCGGGCGAGAGGCAGUUGUUUAUGGCUACUAGUGCGAGGUUUCCGGCGAGGGAGGGGAGGGAUGUUGAGGGGCAGGAGACUUCUGGUGUCGGGCUUGGGCUAUUAGGCCUGGGAGCUGCAGCGAACAACAACAACAACGGCAAUAACAACAGCAACAACAACAACAGCAACAGCAGACCAUCAUCCGGCUCCGUGCACUCCUCGCACUCGCGGACGAGUUCCUCGUCUAUGGCCACCAUGACCCUGAAAGUGGCAAGGGGAACAGAUGGCAGGGAAGGGAGCGGAGUCUACUCGGUUAGUAACGAUGGGGAGGGAUUAAGCGUCAAGACGGAGGAGGCGCUGAGGGUGAUGAGGGAGGAGCAGGAUAUGGUGAGGAAGGUCUGGUUGCAUGUUGAGGAUGAGUUUGUUAGGGUUACGGGGAGUGCUUUUGUUGUUGGUAAUGGUUUUAUGUGA